AUGGAAGAACUUGAUGUGCUUGAUCUUCACUUGCUUCGUGGGGGUUAUGCUUUCGUCUUUGGGUUUCUCAGGAAGAUCAAUGAGUGGUUGUACGUGAGAAAAUUAGGAGAGAAGCAAUAUUCUCUUCCUCCAGGUGACAUGGGAUGGCCUUUUCUUGGGAAAAUGUUGUCAUUCUGGAGAGCUUUCAAGUUUGGAGAUCCUGAUUCGUUCAUCUCAAGCUUCGUCACCAGAUAUGGUGGGAUGGGGAUGUACAGGACCGUAAUGUUUGGAAAGCCAAGCAUCAUCGUUUCCAUGCCGGAGACUUGCAGACGAGUGCUGGCAGAUGAAGUGAAUUUCAAACUUAAUUACCCUAAAACUACCCAAGAACUUAUAGGGAAGAAAUCAUUCCACGACAUGUCGAAUACUGCACAUAAACAUUUCCGCCGUUUGACAGCAGCUAAAAUCAAUGGCAGUGAGUCGCUGUCCAUGUACAUCAAGCGCAUCGAAGAGAUUAUGAUUGGUUCAUUGGACGAAUGGGCAAAAAUGGAGCGUCCGAUUGAGUUCUAUGAGGAAAUGAAGAAAGCCACUUUCAAGGUCAUUCUUCCCAUCUUCCUCGGUUCAGUGACCGAUGAUUCCUUCAUUUCAAGGACCAAGAAUCUGUUUGGUGAAAUCAUGAAGGGGUUCAAUUCCUUGGCCAUAAAUCUUCCGGGUUUCCAAUUUCAUCGUGCAAUCAAGGCUAAGAGAGAACUGGAAAAGAUCAUUAAGGAAGUCGUGGAUACGAGGAAGUCAAUGAAGAAGAACGAUGCAUACACCGCGAGCACAAGUAUGCUGGAUUUACUCGUGGAGGCAGAAGAUGAGGAUGGUCAAGCAAUAAGCAAAGACAGCAUCAGUGACAUUCUAAACAUGUACCUUUUAGCCGGUUUCGACAGCGUCGCAUUGGCUACAUUGUGGAUGGUCCUGUACUUUUACGAGAAUCCAGAUACCUUGCAGAGAGCGAAGGAGGAGCAAAUUCAGAUCCUUAAAAGAAGAGAACCGACGCAGAAAGGAUUAACUUACCUGAGAUCAAACAAAUGGAGUAUUUGGCUAAGUGAAAAGAUCAUUGUCCAUGCCAUCGACGAGAUGCUCCGCAGAGUUAAUAUUGGAUUCUCGUUGUUUCGAGAGGCAAAAGAAGACACCACAAUCAAUGGAUAUCUCAUACCAAAAGGGUGGAAUGUCCUAAUUUGCCUCAGAGGGGUUCAUAUGGAUCCGGCAAACUACUUGGAACCAGAAGAGUUCAAUCCUUCAAGAUGGGAUAAUUAUAGAAAGAAAGGAGGUGCUUUCAUUCCAUUUGGAGCAGGAAGCAGGUUUUGCCCAGGAAGCGACUUGGCCAAGCUUGAGGUGUCCAUCUUUCUACACUAUUUUCUCCUUAACUAUGAGGUAGAGCGAACUAAUCCUAAGUGCCCUAUCAAUCACUUCCCUUCACCGAAACCUUCAGAUAAUUUCAAGGCGAAGUUCAAAAGACUUGGUUCAGAUUCUAUGGAUGUAUGAAAAUAUGGCUUUCAUGUUUUCCAUUAAAUGUGGUUUACUGGCAGCUAAUCAUUAUCUUCCUUCGUGAUCCAUAUGGAUAGUGCAUAUGCUGCGCCAUCACAGGUGCAGCUAAGAGUUUAUGCUUUAUAAAUCAUUGUAGGGAUGCGAGUUGCUUCAGACGCAUCAAGUGGAAUCUUGCAAUGAUUGAAUAGCCAGAACUGCUUAAGCAUGAUUUAUCUUUUGGUCAUUUAAUAUCAACAUCGCAAGUUCAUGCGAUCAGCUGUAUUUUGGAAUCCUUCAGCCUUUUCUCUUGGUGUGUCUCCCUAGUACUUUGAAUCAAGGUAGCACUUAUUGAAUCGAGACUUCAUAUAUAUCCAUCUGUACAAAUGCA